AUGAUCCAAGUCUCGGCAACCCAGCCAGCAGAGACUUUCAGCGGCAAUGAUGUCCAACUUACCAACAUCUUGAAUCAGUGUAUCUAUCAAUGGGCUGUCGCCAACCAGGCACAAGCCUCUACCGCCAAGUUAGCAGCCCUCGACAAAGAUUGGGCGUGGGCCUCCAAGUGGGAUUGGGACGCCAUGGGGCGUGGCUGCGAGAAACAACUUGAGCAUACGCAGUCCAUCAUUGAUAGCCCCGAGUUUAGCAGCAAGAUAGACCGUGUCUUGGAAGAGGCAAAGAAGAAGCUCUCUUCAGAUGGGAUCAUCUACCACACCGGCUAUGCCAAAUUUUGGUCGGAGGAUAUGUCCCCGGAGUGCGAUCAGGUCACCUGGAGUACUUGGAUAUUUAAAUUGACCGAUAUGCUCCGGCCUGUGGAGAAAUUGACCCAGGCCCGCCGCAAGAGGAUGAAUGAGCUUUCUGAUGCUGCGAAAAGAGCUGGCCCAAGAGUAAAGUUCGUGGACUAUGACUCUUACGUAGGUAGGUUCCACGGCCGAUACUGCGAAACGGGUGUGGACGAGUCCACCAAGACGAGCAACACAAGACCUGGUCUCAUGUUUUACGAGCUAAAUACCUUCGAUCCAUUUGGCACCACACCUUGGAAGCGGAGUCCCGGCAGCGAGCUACAGGGAACAUUUGGUGGCGACUUAGACAUCAUGGCGCAAAUUACUCUUCUUCUUGAUCCAGAUGCGACAUUCGUCCAUGAGGGCGCUAUUCAGCCGGAUGAUACGCCCGCUGUCGCGCAGGCUGGGGUCGUGAACAACGCCCAGCUGUCGGAUAUCGAAAUUCCAAACAUUCUCCCCGAUGGAUACGGCCGUGUUUUCCAUCCACAAGUCCUCCUUCACCAGAUAAUCGCUAACCUCAUCAUCACUGAAAUGACGAGUGUGAAUGCGGUCAAGAAUGGGUUCCCGGAGAUCCCCCUCCACUACAAGUUCACCUCAUGUGCCAAUCCGGACCCCCAAGGUCCAUUGGAGAAGAGCUCGCCUCCAGAAUGUGACAUGAACGGUGUCGUGAGCGGCUUUCCUGAAAAUAUCUUUCGAAACAGUGUCUACAAUUCGUUCUGCGCCGAGGUCAGCAAGGAUACCCGCAAAUCAGUAGACUGGACUGUGGACAAGGAAGGGACCAGGGUCAAUUCGGGGCAGAAACGGAGUCUUCGGAUUUCCGCGCGGACUCCACCGCCAUCAGCGGUAGGGCCGAAUGCGUACAAAGACUAUACCAUCCAGCUCAAGUGGACUCCCAAGGAGGGUGCUGGGAGGUGUCCUGAGUCGUGCACCGAUGCGCUCAUGGGAAUUGCGAACAGUGGAUGUGGCCACAUUGGAGGCCAGUCGAACAUCAUGGUUGACAGGUCUAAGCAUGACAUUGGCUGUGGAACUUAUGAAGUCGUCAUUAACAUCCCAGGGAGCCAUCCAACCGUUUGGCCCCGGAAAUGUUACGAAACUGACGAAUUUGGCCGGCAUGAGGACGUACAUGAGAAGGACGUUGAGAGGGUGGCAGGGGUCUUCUGCGACGUCAUUGACCACCAAGCCACGAUGGGCCCAGGGGACAAGCCGAUUACAAAAGUCGCCUACUCCAGCGGCGGCGGGGGCACUCCCUUCGAUUGGCCUAACGAAGAUGUUGGAAAUGUUCAAUCGAAUCUGCUUUUCGAGGUGAGUUGGGACAACGACUGCCCGAAUCCCGCGCCUGGAGAGAAGACAAAUAUCAGAGAUCCAACUGGAGGCGCGCAAUUGUGCAAAGAUUUACUCUUCAACAACUACAAACGCUGUGUGAAUGGAGGAACUGGAGGGUAUAUCACAGCCAACUGUCUAAGGUACAGUUUUAGACCAAUCGCCGUCAAGGUCAACGUUUGGAAAAAGUUGGGCCAUCAGGACGUGACUCCCAGCGUCUUAAUAGAUGAGGAUUGGCAUGAGACCAAGGUGGUGCUUUCCACAGCAACGAUCGCCCAACGAGGGUGCAUUGGGAGAACAAAGCGUCCCGGCAUCAGUCAGAAUCUGGACGGUAACACGUGUACCGUCACGCCGAAAUCUGCCUUAAAGAAACGGCAAUGGUCGCAAGAUACGCACUCAGGACGCUCUCUUCCUGAAGUUGUCGAUAUUCAUUUUGAGCCACAGGGUCGGUACCCUCGUUCUGACCCAGCGCUUGGCAUUCCCGAGAAGCGUGCGCCCCAGUUCCCCGGCUUCGGCGGCGGCGGCGGCGGCGGCGCACAACAACCAAGCGCUGACGAUGACACGCCCGCCAUACUCCAGGCUUUCAAAGAAUGUGGACAGGAUGGCCACAUUAUCCUUGAGGAAGGGGACUACAUGAUCCGUCAAAUCAUGGAUACAAGCAAUCUCCGCAACGUUUGGAUCGACAUCUACGGACGUCUGGAAUGGAGCGGUGACAACAUCCAGUACUGGUUGUCAAAUUCGAUCUCUGUAACCUAUGCUGGUCGGUCAACGGCGUGGAGAAUGGGAGGCACUAACAUAACCAUGUUGGGCCAUGGAAAGGCGUUGUUUUUUGGUAACGGGCAGAUUUGGUACGACCAAAAUCGGAACCAGGGCAACCAGAACGGACGUCCAAUCAGUUUGACGCUCUGGAACGCCAAUGAUGUGUGGAUUGAUGGGAUAACCUGGCGGCAGAGCCAAUUCUGGAAUACAUUCAUUGCUCACUCGAGCAAUGUCACCAUGACCAAUAUUGACAUGAACUCCACGUCAGCAACUCAGUGGUCGACGGUUAACACUGAUGGUACGAAUACUUGGAAUUCCAAAGAUGUGUUUUUGCGGAACUGGGUGGUUACAGCGGGAGAUGAUUGUAUAUCCGUGAAGGGCAACUCGAGCAACAUCCAUGCUGACAACAUGACCUGUUACGAGUCUGGAUGCAUGGUUGUCGGUAGCAUGGGCAAUCCGCCUUCUACGCCGGAAUACGUCGAGAAUGUCGUCUUCGAGAAUGUGUACUGCCAUCACUCCUCGAACGCGGCAUGGAUCAAGACUUAUCCGGGAACUGGCUACGUCCGAAAUGUGACCUUCCGGAACAUCGCCUUUGACGACAUUAACCAACCCAUCUACGUCUCACCUUGUAUUUACACCGGUCAAAACUGUGAUAACAGCAGAAUUCCCAUUACUGAUGUAACCUGGCAGAAUAUCACCGGCACAGCGCGGUACAAUAUUGGCGCAGGAAUGUACUGCAGCAGGUCUUCCCCCUGCGACAACUUCCAUUUCGAGGAUAUCAACAUUCGUCCUUUGAGUGGAACUGAACCAUCGCGCAGUCGUAGGAGGCGGGGUGAGCACGAUGACGGACGCAUCCGCCUCAUCGUCUCCACCAAGCGCGAUGCUUCUUUUCCUCGAUCCUAA